GCGUACACACGUUGGCCCUUCGCCUCAGUCUGUUCGGUUGGUCGUGUGUCGGUAUCGCUCUCGUCUCGUCUUCACGAGGAUUUCUUCAUCUUACUAUAUUUUUAUUUUCGGUUUUACAACUAUUAUUUUUUACCGAGUGUUAUCCGCGCAUCGCCACGGCCAGUACAGGCGGGUUUCUCACCACCGGCGCAAAGUGUGCGCAAACACUAACUGCAUACGUAUAGACAAAGGUCCACUUAGAAAACGCUGAAUUGGAUAACUUUGGACUCAUAAAAAAAUAAAGUCGCCGCAAACGGCAUUUCCAUUUACACUCCAUUGAUUAUAUAAUAUUACCGCUGCGCUUCAUCGCCAACAAACAGAGAGAAAUCUUAACUAUUAUAACAGGAUUACUAAAAAGGUUCUAAAACAUAAGAAAAGUCAAAAUUUGAGCAGAUUUUCAAAAGAAGAAAUGACUACUUCGAGGGGUUGAUGGGCCUAAACUCAUUAUGCACUUGACGGGCAUCCGGAAAAUCGUGUUGAACAUGAAAAAUCUGCCAUAACGAACAAUUUAUUGAUAUGGCGAUGAGAUGAAAUCCAAUGAUCGGUGGCCGUCGCUGUGGAUAAGCGCGUUUUUAUGGCUUCGAACGUGUUCCGUCAGCCAAUUACAAAACGCCAUCACAACCUGUCCUAGUCAGCUUUUAGACCAAUCAUGUACGUGCCACGAUUUCGAAGAUGGAAUAUUUCUCGAAUGUCCUGGGGCCACUGGGGCAGGUGUUUUCAGUGGUUUGGCUUCGAUGGAAGGACCCGUUCAGUCAUUGAACAUUUAUGAUCUCGAUUCUUCCGUUUGGCUGUUAUCGCUAGCUCUGUUUCCUCCUAAUACCACACUAAAACAACUUCAAAUAUCACAUUCAAACUUAUCAAUCAUUGCGGACGAUGGGUUAAGUAACAUCAAGGGGCUGGAGGUAUUUUCAUUAAUAUCCGGUAAAUUGAAAGAAAUACCCCAGAAAGCUUUCUCGGAUCUAACCGCGUUAAAGACAAUUGACGUGGAAUCUAAUGACAUCACCGAAUUAGGUAGUUACACUUUUUCUGGUUUGAAUGUGGCCAAAAUCAACCUCAAAAGUAACUUGAUAGUAAAAAUAUCAGAGUAUGCAUUUGCUGGUUUAGAAAACAGUCUUACCGAAUUGGAUUUGUCAGAGAACAAAAUUAAAACAUUCCCAACUUCCGCAGUGAGACGGUUAGAACGAUUGAUGUCUUUGCGGAUUGCCUGGAACGAAAUCUCUUCGUUACACGACGACCAUUUCUCAUUCAUGAAAAGUCUUGUACAGCUCGACCUCAGUUCUAACUACUUCGAAUCAGUUCCUGAAGAUGCAUUCCGUUUAUUCCCUAAACUUAAGAUGUUGUCACUUUACUACAAUUUAGUGGAAGGCAUACACAAACGAGGUUUUAGUACUUUGACUGAACUCGAGUCUAUUGACAUGAGUCACAACAAAAUAGUAUUUAUGGAUCCGGAUACAUUUAAGAAUAAUUUGCAGCUGAGAACAAUUGAUUUGAGUCAUAACCAUUUACAUUACAUCAGCGGGCUUUUCAAGAAUUUACCAGAACUCAAAGAACUUUUUUUGUCUGAAAAUAAUAUUCUAGAAAUCUCCAGUGAUACGUUCGCCAAUUCUCCAAAGAUAAUUGUAAUUUACAUUACACAAAAUGCAAUAAGGAGCAUCGAGCCAGGUUCUUUUUCCAGUUCUUCUGAUUUAACGCAGCUUUAUUUGAGUGACAAUUACAUCGAAACUGUAGACGCAAAUGUUUUUAUUAAUUGUCAUAAGUUAACUUCCUUGAGUUUGGAUAGUAAUUUAAUUUCCAACCUCGAGGUCGGAGCAUUCCGAUAUAAUAACCGUUUAAAAGAACUUAGAUUGCAAAAGAAUAAACUAUCGAGUAUUAAAAAAACUCAUUUCCAGACAUUGCCAGAUCUUCUAGAAUUACAUUUACAAAACAAUAUGAUAACCGACGUAGAAUCUGGUGCGUUUAAUUUGAUGAAAAAUCUCCAGCAUAUUAAUUUACAAGGUAAUUUUCUUACUUACUUAGAUGACGUGUUCGUACACGAUCAUCCGUCGUUGGUAUCCUUACAAAUCGACUCCAACGUAUUGACUAGUCUACACAAUAGAUCUUUGCAAGGACAAUCUAAUUUGAAAAUAUUAUGGCUAGGGCAUAAUAAAUUAACAAAACUAGAUAAGACGCUCUUUGCGGAUCUCAGUCACGCCAAUAGAAUGUAUCUGAACAACAAUUCCAUCGAACACAUUGAACUAGGUUCGUUCGAAUCAAUGCAAUCGUUGAUAUAUUUGGAUAUUAGUUUUAAUCAGUUGAAAGAAAUAUCUUCAAAAAUGUUCGCUGAUCUCAGAGGUCUCGAAGAACUACACAUUGCCAACAAUCAGAUAGCGCAUAUUGAUCCUAAUUCGUUUGCAGCGCUGAAGAGACUUACCAUAUUAGAUCUCUCUAGCAAUCCACUUCUGAAACUACAUAAAUACAUGUUUCAAAAAGAUUUACCUAUUCAACAUUUAUAUUUGAAUAAUUGUUCACUUAGAACAAUCGAUAAUGGUUCAUUUGCCAACCUCAACGACCUGGUCGAGUUAUACGUGAAAAACAAUUUCUUGUUGUCCGAUUCCUUGUUACAAAUCGACGUUCCUACGUUGACUACGUUAGACAUAUCGCAUAACAAUUUGUUCGGACUCAACUCUACAGUUUUAAAAUACCUACCAAACAUCAAACACGUGAAUAUGGACAGCUGCAACAUUAGACAACUGUCGGCAAUGACGUUUAAGUUCAAUCUGGAAGUCGGAAGUCUGUCUUUAAUGCAUAACAAUUUGAUUUCGUUGCCACCGGAUGUCUUCAAGAAUCCAAAACGAUUGACAGCGUUGAAUUUGGAUGAAAACGAUUUCAACGUAAUGCCUUAUUCAGCACUAGCCAGUUGUGAAACUUUGGAAAAAUUGUCGUUAGUUAAAAAUAAUCUGACCGAGUUAGACAUGUCAAAGUUGACAAGUAUGAAAAACCUUAAGAGCCUAACGAUUUCUGAAAAUCGAAUUCAAACGCUCACUGGAUAUCCGCCAACGUAUUUUACUAUGUUGACCGAAAUGAAUUUAGCCAACAAUAUGCUCUCGUCAUUACCACUUAACUUCUUCCAAUCUCUGGAACGUCUCGACAUUUCUUACAACAAUUUUCGACAAAUACCACCCUUCAUUAAGAAUCUACGAUUUUUAAACCUUACCCACAACCCAUUGUUCCAAAUCCGAGAAACGACAAAGUCUCCAGUUAACGAUCCGUCUAGCCUCGAGGAACUUCACAUGUCCAAAACAAACAUAACACUGUUGGGGAGUAAAGAUUUCGAAACGUUUCCUGAUCUUCAUAGUUUGCACAUUAGCAAUAACCGAAUUUCAAAAAUAUCCCCGGGAACUUUUAGCAUACUGGAAGAUUUAUACACGUUAGACUUGAGCCGGAAUCGCCUGGAACUAUUACCACAAGAAAGGCUUCAGGGUUUAAGUCGUUUAAGACUUCUCAACUUGUCAUACAACUCAAUCAGAGAAAUCGACGACUUUUCUUCUGACUUAAUAUCGCUGCAGGUGCUAGACUUGUCGUUCAAUCAAUUGUUAAAACUUAAUAAAGGAUUAUUCCGAAACCUUGAGAGCUUAUCCGACCUAUAUUUGUACGGAAAUUGGAUAUCCUCCGUUUCUCCCGACGCGUUUAGGACGUUGAAAAAACUCAAGGUCCUCGACUUGGGCAAGAACGAUUUCAGAAACUUUCCACUAAAUGCACUCAGACCUCUGGAAACCCAAAUCAAAAGCUUACGAACAGAAGAAAAUCCACUCAAUUGCGACUGUGAUCAACAAGAACUUUGGGAAUGGAUGAAAGAUCAUCAAAAGCUGAUGUCGAAGUCCCAGCAAAGAGGUCUAACGUGUCAACAUCCGCCACAUCUCCAAGGUCAAGUGUUUGUAAACUUGGAGCCACGCAUGUUCUGCGCUAUACCUGUAGUGCGUAGGUUAGCCAUACAAGACUUUCAACCCGAUUCCGUGUUCUUGUCGUGGAAGAGUCGGAAUCACUCUGGGCUCCAUGGCUACAAAGUGGAAUAUUAUCCCAUUGAAGAUCACCGUUCUCCAGCUCCCGUCAUAUCGUCGAUGGCGGUAUCGCAUAUCCCCAUGAGCAAGUUCUUGGAUAAAGAAGCCCAGACGGCUCUCAUCGAUAACCUAACGCCGGAAACGAGGUAUUUGAUUUGCAUCAUGGGUCUAGGCAAUUGGUUGCCGCUAAACACGUCCCAGCACUCAUCGAGCGACACAGAGAGCAGUCGUUGUGCCGAAGUCAAAACGUUAGACGGCGAUUUGACGUUGUUCUCCGACGAACAUCAGAUGAGCACGAUCCUGACCAGAAGACUGGGUCUGAUCAUCGGCAGCUGCUUGGGCUGUGUUGUAUUUAUCAUAUUGGUGACGGUGCUAGGUUAUUUGAAAAUAAAAAAACAACGGGAAGACUCCAAAAGGGAACAGCCAUUGCCGCCUGAAUAUUUGUCCUAUAGACAUUUUUCGUUACACACUGCCGACCCACUUUCAGCUGCUGCUUUACAAUCGUCUAGUUCUAUAACCUCUAUGCAUUAGAAACACAAGGUCCCGGGAAAUUGAGUUACAAGCACAGCAUAAACAUGGCAAAUGUAUAGAAUUAGAGAAUGGAGAUGUUUACCUCUUAAAUUAUUCAAAGUAAAAUUACAGUUUCAACAAUUUUUUUUUAAAAACUGAACGGUUUUCAAGAAGAAAAAAAAUUGACCACGACAUUUAGACGUAGCCCACGUGCAAACAGAAUCUAAGAAAAAAACUAAAAUAUUUACAUGUAUUUCAUAUGUAAGCCCUGUAAGUCAGCGUCGACACAUAAACGGUAUCUAUAUGUUAUAUUAAUUAGUAUGUAUACUUACUACUUGGUUGUUUAAUUAUAUUGGUAUCAAACUCGUACAUCCCACUUUGAUAAUUAUUCAAAUGUUUAACCAUUUAUUAUUAAUGAAUUCGUCAAUUUCGUUAAACUCACGGACGUCCAGAACAAUAUGCUUAUAAAUAGGAAGUAAUUCCUCGUAGAAAGUACAUUAUCACUUCCCGGCUUACAUAAUAUAUAACACUAUUUAUGUUAACGAUAAAAUUAUGCAAAUCUAUUGUUAAAAACAAAUGGUAAUUUACUAUACAAAUGCGUGAAUAAUUAUUGCAAGAAACGCCGUAGCGUCAACACGGUAAUCAAAAUAUCGAACUACCGUUUAAGUUUUAUUAGUUUUGUUGCAUCAAUAUUGCACUUUGAAGAUAAAUUUGUAAGUAUUCGAGUAGUAGUAUUCAUGACAAUUGAACAUAAUCACAAUUCCACUUAAAAUCCAUUCGUACUUAUUUCGAAUAAAAUUCUAGUUUUUAAAUCCCAUUUUAAUUUUAACCAUUCGCUCAAACCAAAGCUUUGUCCAAAACUACUGUGUACUUUUUUCGCAUUACGAACAAAAUUACAUACAUUAUUUUAAAAUCCAUCCGUAUUAUAUAUUGUAUAUUAUUUACUGAAAGUCGUUUUGUAAACGUUGAACGCUAAACCCCUUUUUUUAAUAGGUAUAGAGUUUAUUACUUAACCAAAUGCUCAGAUAAUAUGUUGAUUUUAAAAAAAAAUUUGAACCGAAUGCCCGGCCUGCAAAUUUUUGUUAAUACGCAUUUCGAUAAUUUAAUACCAUAACCGCGUUCCAUUAAAUUGUGUUUGCAUUGUAAGUAUUGUAUCUCAGCCAUUUACGGCCAACUUUUAUUAUGUUGUAAUUUUUAUAUUAUACUUUUUUGUUUCAUACAAUUUUGGUUACUGAUUCUACAUUUUAUUAUAUUAUACACUUUAAGUUAAGAAGGUGUAAAAAAUAUGUAUACAACGUUUUAAUUUACAAAUGAAAUAAUAGUUUUACUGGGCAAAAAUAUCUAUUGUUUAUAUUGUAUAUAAAUAUGUAGUCUGCCUUUAAAGAUUCACUUACAAUCAAUUCUUAUUCAAAUUAUAUAUGUGUUUGAAAAUUUGUUAUAUAUAAGAAUAGUCCAUCCUGGGUCAAAUUAAUUUAUUUGGUUACAAAGUACUAGAAUUACACAUAUGCCAGAGUCAUGUUAUAACUUCUGAUUGCACGUCGUUUGUAUAUUCAAGUAUAACAAUAAUUUACAUCAA